AUGUACGGACAGGCAAAAUGGCUGUUUCGGCGUCUCAUAUUUCUGACCGCAGACACUAAGGUCUGUUCUUCAACACAGUUGCCCCGACAUCUGACAAUCGAAAGUGUCGACCUAUUCCUACAAAGCAAAUACAAUGAAACGAUGAAUCGUCUCGGACAUGCCCAAGUCCUUCAGCUCCUAAAGUUCUGUCUCAGGAUGUACUUCACGUUUGACGGAACAAUCUACGAGCAGGUGAAGGUAGCAUUAAUGGGUUCGCCAAUUUCCGCAUUCAUCGCCGAGGCGAUCCUACAACGGUUAGAGUCACUGAUCUUCCAACACCACAGACCGAAAUUCUGGGCUCGGUAUGUGGAUGACACCUUUGUCUUCAUCGAACGGGAUCAGGUGCUUACAUUAAAAGAACCCCUCAACGCCGUCUUCCCGGACAUUCAAUUUACGAUGGAGGAGGAGCAAAAUAACCAGAUGGCCUUCCUGGAUGUCCUCGUCUGCCGCAAAGAUUGUGGUGGCCUAAAGAUUAAAGUGCUCACGAAAGCGACGAGCACGGCGCAAAUACUGAACUUCAACAGCAACCACCCGAUCCGUCACAAACGCAGAUGCGCGAGGACGCUAUAUAGGCGUAUUGAGACGCAUUGCAGUGAACCGGAAGACAAUGUUGCCAAAUUUUAA